AUGCAGAGAGCAAUCGGCUUCCCUGCACUGUGCCUGCUUGUUAAUCUCCACGCUGCAGGAUGCUUUUCAGGAGAUAGUGACCACCUCUUGGCAAUUCAUCAGAGGAAGACUGGGAAGCCUGUAUUUAUCUACCACCACGUGCAAACUAUUGAGAAGAGCUUGGACACAAGCCAUGAAAAAACAUAUAAACAACCCAGCUUCCAUUCCUCUUCUCAUAUGCAAACAAGCAAACGACACCCUGGCAUAAUUGUUAAGUCCACAUUUCCUAGACCUGCUUAUGACCCAUCUCUCAACUUGUUAGCAAUGACUGGUCAAGAUCUGGAAGUGGAAAACCUUCCAAUCCCUGAAGCAAAAGUUAUUAUUGUGACGCUGCAAAUGGACGUAAACAAGCUUAACAUAACUUUGCUUCGGAUAUUCCGUCAAGGAGUGGCAGCAGCUUUAGGACUACUGCCACAACAAGUUCACAUCAAUCGCCUAAUUGGGAAGAAGAACAGCAUUGAGUUGUUUGUGUCUCCAGUAAACAGGAAAACCGGAAUUUCAGAUGCGUUGCCGUCCGAAGAAGUGCUGCAUUCUCUCAAUCUCAAUGUUUUACAUCAGAGUCUAUCUCAAUUUGGAAUUAUAGAAGUCUCCCCUGAGACCAACGUCUUACAAGGGCAACAUGAAGCGGAUAAGAUCUGGAGCAAAGAAGGAUUUUAUGCUGUUGUCAUUUUCCUCAGUAUCUUUAUAAUGAUCGUCACAUGUCUGAUGGUUCUUUACAGAUUAAAAGAAAAGAUUCAGCUUUCUCUGAGACAAGACAAGGAGAAAAACCAAGAGAUCCACCUAUCCCCCAUCCCAUUACAGGCCACCCAAUCUGACGCAAAGACGGUCAACAGCAUGGUCCAGCCUGAGCACACCCCUAAAGUGGUGAACGUCAUAGUGGAUCCCCAAGGCCGAUGCACUCCUGAAAUCAAGCCUGCUAUUUCUGCCAGUCCAUCGCCUUUCAAAAUGAAGCCCAUAGGACUUCAGGAGAGGCGAGGAUCCAAUGUGUCUCUUACUUUAGACAUGAGUGGUUUGGGGACCAUCGAGCCUUUUGUGGCUGUGCCGACCCCACGAGAGAAAGUAGCAAUGGAGUACCUGCAGUCAGCCAGCCGGGUUCUCACGAGGUCACAGCUGAGGGACACCAUGACAAGUUCCCAUUUACUCCAGACUGAAUUCAUGGAAAUACCAAUGAACUUUGUGGAUCCCAAAGAAAUUGACAUUCCACGUCAUGGAACUAAAAACCGCUACAAAACCAUUCUGCCAAAUCCUCUCAGCAGAGUGUGUUUAAAGCCAAAAAAUCCAGCUGAUUCUUUGAGUACCUACAUUAAUGCUAACUACAUUAGGGGUUACAGUGGCGAGGAGAAAGCUUUCAUCGCCACACAGGGGCCCAUGAUUAACACCGUGAAUGAUUUCUGGCAUAUGGUUUGGCAAGAGGACAGUCCCGUCAUUGUUAUGAUCACAAAGCUAAAAGAAAAAAAUGAGAAAUGUGUACUGUACUGGCCAGAAAAGAGAGGGAUAUAUGGAAAAGUUGAAGUCUUAGUUCUUGGUGUGAAAGAAUGUGAUAACUACACUGUCCGAAACCUUACCCUAAAGCAAGGAAGUCACACCCAACAUGUGAAGCAUUACUGGUAUACAUCUUGGCCGGAUCAUAAAACCCCCGACAGUGCUCAGCCCCUCCUCCAACUCAUGCUGGAUGUAGAAGAGGAUAGAAUUGCCUCUUCGGGCAGAGGACCUAUAAUUGUACACUGCAGUGCUGGGAUAGGCAGAACUGGGUGUUUUAUUGCCACGUCCAUUGGCUGUCGACAAUUGAAAGAGGAAGGAGUGGUCGAUGCACUCAGUAUCGUCUGUCAGCUUCGUGUAGACAGGGGCGGGAUGGUUCAGACAAGUGAACAAUAUGAAUUUGUUCAUCAUGCACUGAGUCUCUAUGAAAGCAGGCUGUCUGCAGAAGCUGUCCAGUGA